AGUAAUCCUAAUAUGCAACAUUCCCGUGACGUAAGAAGCAUCACAUAUAAAUACAGCGAGCGUCGCUCUUGCCAUUCAGCCUCUGGAAUCACAAGGAACAGUCGGCGACUCACAUCACCCCGUCCUCAGACUGUCCAGCGUCCCACUCUGACUCGCUCCGUGGCGUCAGUUUUCCUCUGGCCCCGCCACUCAUCACACCUCUUGCCAUCUUUCCCCGGCCCUUCCGUGGCUCCUUCUAACCCCUGUCACUCAGCGCCCGCCUGUGCCAGUCGUCAGAGGAAUCAUGGUAUCCCGCGCUCACUCCAGAUUUUCUUGCCAGAGGACGACGCUGCUGGCGGUGGUAUUGCUGGCUGUCCUUUGGAGCUCCAGUCUCCAGCAAGCAGCUGCAAGAGUUAUCAAUGACGAUUGUCCAAACCUUAUGGGAAACAGGGACCUUUACAAAAAGGUAGAAUGGAUCUGCGACGACUGUGCAAAUAUCUACCGCUCCACAGGAAUGGCCAGUCUUUGCAGAAAGGAUUGCUUCUUUAAUGAGGACUUCCUGUGGUGUGUGCGCGCUACAGAGCGGUCUGAAGACAUGAUGCAGUUGAAACAGUGGGUGAGGAUUCUCGGGGCCGGCCGGAUCUGAAAAGCGUCGUUAUCUCUCCGAGGUCAUGGUCGCCGCCGCUGAAUCUCACACCGAUACUGGCUAUUCUAGAAGCACUUUAGAAUGUUGAAAGUGAAUGACUUGUCUCCUUUUCUCAGUGGCGGCCACUGAGCAACUCUAUCAAGUGCAGGAACUCAGCGGAACCUUAGCUUUUGUUUCUUAUAAUGAGUUUCUUGUUGCUAGAGCUCUCCACUUAGUUAUUCCGUCCUGUUUAGGCUUGUAUGUUCCUUACUCUAUAAUUUAUUCAUUGUUAGGAUAAUUUAUUGUUAGCUUUGUUUUAAGUCAUCUUAUUUAUGAAACGAAGAUGAAGUGUCUUUAAAUUUGUGAGUGUCUUUUUUUUUUUUAUGUAAGAGUGUGUGUUUGUCUAACUGGUGAUGUCUUCCCGUGGCUGGCGAGCAAAAAAAAUCUCAGAAAAGAUCGAUUGAUUAAAUUAUUGGUUUCAAUAGAGAGAAUGGGGGAAGGAGACGGGUAAUCCAGAAAUAUCGCGGUGCAUUACGUAUUGCCGAAGGGCGAUGAGCCCUUGAUCCACGAAGCUGACGAGCACUGAAUCGUCCAGUGAAAGGAGAGCCACCGAGGAAAUUGAUACCGUUAGCCAAAGUUUGAAACCCCGCCAAAGCCACUACUAAUACGGCGGACUGUAUCGAAAAGAAAAAAAAAGCAAAUUUGUAUGGAAAAGAGAUAAAAAGUACAGUAGAGGAAAAAGAUGAAGAGAAAGAGAGGGAAAGAAGACAAUGAGAAGUGUAGACAAGAAAAUAAUAGGUAAUACAAAAAAGACAUUGAACCAAACCAGUAUUCUCAAGCUCUAGUCACAACUCAUGAUGUCUCUGGCGUCGCUGUUUUUCAUCUAUAUCAACCUAUACUUUUGUAUUUGUUUUAAUUUAUUGCAUGUUUUGAGUAAUUUUAAGUUAUUUUAUACUUUUACUUGAGUUAUAAUUAAGCUGCUGCGUUCUUACAUACAUCGUAUUUAUUAUGAUACUGAUAAAAUAAACUAAAGUGCCACA